GCUUGUUGUAUUGUUGCACGUUUUUGACAAGUAUUCCCUUUUUAUCUUCUUCCAAUUCGCAGGUUAAUAAUUGCGGUCUUCAGCUGGUUAUCCAGACCUCCUCAAUACCUGAUAAAAACAAACCAUUUGAAUUCAGGAUAAAUAAAGAGCAGACAUCUUUCCACAAUAGACUUCUGCAGCAUGAUCUGGAAAAAAACUAUUCAGGAAGGAGACCCAAGAGUAUUAAGUCCUUUGGUGCGUAAUAAGCAGAUCUAUCUUCCAGUGCCAUCCAAUCUGACUGAACUUUCUGGUUUGGAGUUGAAGCAAAAUACAGGUUCUUUAUCAGGAUUUGUGGAGUCGUCUAUACACACUAAAUCCAGAUCACGACAAAGCAGUCAGGGUAUUAGUUCACAGGCUUCAGAUAACACAAAUUUUGGGAGCAGUUCAUCAAUAACAUUUCCUAUAUUGCAACGUACCGCUGAAGAAAAAAUACUGAACUCUGAUAGACUGACUCUGGAAAGGCAGAAGCUGACAGUGUGCCCAGUUAUCGACGGGGAAGAUCAUCUUCGCCUCUUGAAUUUUCAACAUAACUUCAUAACCCGGAUUCAAAAUAUCUCAAAUCUACACCAUCUUGUUUUCUUAGAUUUAUAUGAUAACCAGAUAGAGGAAAUAAGUGGUCUUUCAACUCUGAGAUCCCUAAGAGUCCUUCUGUUGGGGAAGAACAGAAUAAAGAAGAUCUCAAAUCUGGAGAACCUAAAAAAUCUUGAUGUUUUAGACCUUCAUGGAAAUCAGAUCACGAAAAUAGAAAACAUCAACCAUUUGAGUGAACUGAGAGUAUUAAACCUUGCCAGAAACCUACUGUCCAUUGUAGAAAAUCUUAAUGGACUGGAUUCUCUCACAGAGCUCAACCUUCGUCAUAAUCAAGUCUCUGCUAUAAAAGAUGUGGAUACUUUGCCCCGUCUCCAGCGUCUGUUCCUCAGCUUCAACAAUAUAUCUAGUUUUGAGGAUAUUCUGUGCCUUGCUGAUUCCUCAUCUUUGUCAGAUAUCACCCUUGAUGGCAACCCAAUAGCUCAGGAGACAUGGUACAAACACACUGUUCUCCAUCAUAUGAUGCAGCUCCGACAGCUAGAUAUGAAGAGAAUCACAGAAGAAGAAAGACGCAUGGCAUCUGUUGCAGCAAGGAGAGAAGAAGAAAGGAAACGUGAAAGUCAUAAACAAAGCUUGAUUAAGGAAAAGAAACGGUUAACGAUUUGUAAUAUUGCUCGCCAGUGGGAGAUACAGCAGAAUCGAACAGCUCUUGUGGCUUCUUUAAACCAAGAUAAAGAUAAUGAACCUUGUCAGAUCAAUGGCAGUAGUGCAUAUGUGUUUCCUGAAGAAAGCAGCUCUCUUGAUACAAUAUUGAGCAGUGCUGUACAAGGCUUGUCUGUUCUUGAUUCUCAUUUGGUGGAAGUGGAAGGAGACACUCUUUACUUGUAUGGUUCUGGAGCACUGGAGUGCCUGGAUCGAAACUGGAGUGUUCAAACAGCUGGAUCUGUUGUCACAGUCUCCUUUAUGUUCAUGGAAUUUGAUGAAAUUGUUCAAGUGUUAACAAAACUGAAGUUAAAAUUUCCUAAUUCUGUGCACCUGAAGUUUAAGGAGACAAAUCUUGUGACACUGCAGCAAUUCAAUGCAUUAGCCCAGGUGCAUCGCAUUGAACAGUUAACAGUUGAUCCUCAGGGAAAUCCAGUUGUCAACUUUACUUUGUGGAAAUACUAUGUUCUGUUUAGACUGAACCAUCUUAAUCUACAGAAGAUAAAUGGAAUUGAGGUUACUCAAAACGAUACUGUAAUGGCGGAAAGACUCUUUGGCAUACUGGCAUAUGUAGCAUCUUCUGAGCUGCCACAUUAUCGCAUGCUUUCAUUAUCAAUAUCAGAAUCUAGGAUGAAGCAAUUCCAUGAUCUGCUGGAGGGAAAGGGAAAGAAAUCUGGGGUUGGAAUUGAGGAAAGUAGUGAUAACAGAAGAGCUGGAGGAGAAAGCACAGCUCGAGCAAUGUUGAAUUAUACAGCAAAGAAUGUUCAUAUGGAAAAGCUUGAGGAAAUCAAGGAAAGAAAAACAUUUUGUCAAACAUACGUGGAGAACUUAGUGAAAGAAGCUGCGGACAUCCAUAUGAAAAAUGAGUCCUUGCAGAAGCUCUGGCCUCAAAUGUUCAUUGAGCUUGUCAGAGAUGCAGUGAUAGAAAUACGCAAUAAAAAUUCCUACAUGAAACUCUGCUUACAGAGGAUUGCUGAUCACAAACAGUAGAGUCAACGCCUGUUGUCUUGCAGGCUUUUGGUUUCAGUAUUUAUUGGAUGAUGUUUCACAAAUUUAAAAUGAUAGAAUAUAAAAUUCCUGUCUGUAUGGAGUAAUUUAUUUUUUUUAGCCCCCAGAAGUGUUAUCUUUAAAUCUUAAUUAACUCUGUCAUCUUAGCUUUCUUGAUAGUGUUCAAUUAAAAGUUGACCUGCAUAAAACUUUAACAGUGAUUUCCUGGCUACAAUGAAGAGACUGCACAGAAAUAACUUGGUGAUUAUGCCAUGUGUCACUAAGUUUGUGUUUUGUUUUGUUUUGUGUUUUUUUCCUGCUUCCCUUGCUUCCGUAGUGCAAUACCAUUGAUGAUAAGGAAUGCAUUUAUAAUCUGUUUGCCAUAUUUUUUUUAUUGAACACUUCCUGAAUGUCAACUUUUUGACUAUUUCCUGCUGUUUAAAAAAAAAAAAAAAACAAACACAAAACAAUACACGAAUAGUAGCAGAUUUUUUAAUGACCAAAAAGUAAUAAAUUAUUGUUUUCAUACCCUGAGCUUGAUGAAUAUUUUAUAUGAUUUAAUUUGUCAGAUGAUAGAACACAUUUUCAGAUCGAUUCCAUGACAGUUCUCAGUAUAUCAACAUUUAACGAACAUAUUUCUCAAUUGAACAAAUCGCCCAAACUUGAUUUCAAGUUUUUUUUUUCAUUACUUUUAUUGCUGUUAGUUUGUGUGAAUUGUUGUACAUAAAAAAGAAAUUCAGGGUAUACCUACUUAAGCUUUAUUUUUAUUCUUUUAUAAUUUGUUAAUAGUACUUGUUUAUUGACUAUUAAAUGCUUAAUGGGGUGGGUGGGUUUGAAUUAAAGUCAAAUGAGCUAAAAUGUAUGCAUUCAAUUUGGUAAGGAAAAUGAUGAAUGUUAUUUGUAAUCACUGGCACCUGUUUUGUUUCUGUGGCUGUGUGAGGAUUUCUAACUGUUAUGAAUAAAAACAAAUUCUUCACUUUUGCCCUUCACAGAUACUUUAAAGAAGUACUGUAUGCAAAGAAAAGUCUUCUCCUUAAUGCUGCAUGAAGAGAUGAGACUCAGCCUGCCCUCAAAAUCAACAGUGAAUGGAUAGAAACAGAUUCUGUAGUCCAGUGAAGUAUACUGCAAACACCUUACUAGCUUCUGCCCAGAAAUUGAAUUUAGGAACUAUUGGCAAGUCCAGCUGAUUCCCAUAGCUAGUGUUUAUAUGUGGGUAGAAAGUCGUUCCAUUUAAAUGGAAGUUUUGAGUUCCAUUGUGUCCUAAGUAAAAGAAUCCAAAACCGUCGUUAUUCUUUUACUCGAUUCAAAUUGGUCCAAAUUGACUGAAGCUCAUUUAUAGAAAAUAAGUAUUCAUAAACCAAAGCAAACAUGUUGUAAGGGUUUAUAUGGCUCAAAAUGAAUGUUAUUUUUCUACUCCAUGUGGAUAAGACUGCCUGGCAAAGCAGAGGUGCAAAUACAGUUCUAUAAGCUUCUAUGUCCUGAACGGAGCCUAGAGUCAAUAGUCAGGUCACAGCUAUCUUGGAAUAUGGUCUAUUUGCAUUUGGAUCAAGCUGGUGUAUCUAAUUUGUCAGAAGGAAUCCAUUUGCAGAGCAUGUUACAGGUUAACAAUGGCAUGCAUACUGUUAAACGUAACUUUCAAAUGCUCUUGGUUUGGCUUAUGGCAAACGUAAUCAUCAGAAGCAUACUUGCAGAUAGCUGUUUUUCAGUACUUACGGAAUUGAGUGGAGGUUAAAUCACUUAAAGUUAAUGAAAUGUUGAAAGUCCUAAAGAAACUGCUCCAGCAGACGAUAGAAUUUAAUAGAAACAAUCACCCCUCUAGGCUUUUUGAGCAGUUUAAUGGAAUUUCUAAUAAGAUGAAUGUAUUUGAUAGGAUUGCUUUAUUUUUUUCCAUUCGAAAAUAGCUCUGUCAAGUUUUAUGCUGCAUUUUAUUAAAGGAGCACAUUAAGUCCCCACAAAAAAUGGUGCAUAUGUGAGAGAGUUUGCACUAUAAUAAUACAGUCAGUAUACAGAUGAUCUUGCAAUAGUUUUUUGGAUCCAUCAGUUCCUUUACAUCAUUUCUGUGCAAGGGGGCGGGUAGAGCAAUUCCAGCUUCUACAUGGGGACAAAAACCUCAGCAGCUGUGUGAAAGUGCAAAACUCUCCUGAUGUAGCCAGAGCAGAUGGGCCCCUUUUGAAUCACAUUCAGCAGCAAUAAAACAUUGGAAAAAUGUUUUAAGAAGGGUGGAUAGGUCUAGAAGAACAGGAAGUUAUCCAUGGGAAAAUCCAGAGUAAAGCCAGACUUGAUACUGAGGCUUUAGAAGUAUAAUCCUGAUUGGAGGCUUUAAGGUAGGAUCGUGAAAACAACUGAGUGGAAUAAGUAAGAGGGUAUCGACUGUGAAUUGUAUGAACAUCUUAGAGCACUCGGUGUUCCCCGUAGAGUGUGAAUCUGCCAGUUGGGACUUUUUUCUCUACUAGCAGCUUUUUUUCUGACAGGAUUGUUUAAAUCGAUGGAGGGUAGGUUGGCAGCUAUUACAAAUGAAGAAAAUAAUAUUGGGCUGCAUACUUUCUGUUAAAUAGAACCAGUAGGGACAAAAAUCUUCACAAUUUUUCUAAAUCUUUUAAGGAAAGAAGUGAAUGAGGGAUUAAAGUGGUAUUAGACCUAAGAGUACAUAGAAUUCUAAAUGGCAGGUGAUUUAAAACUGUUAGAAUGCUAUAUAUAGUUUGUGUAUCAGAUUUAUUCAUACAGAUUUGUGUGAUAACUGUAGUUGCUUAUUAAUGAAUUUCAGAAUACCUACAAAGGUGGUGUGAUCAGCAGAUUCCUACAGAAUCUGAAACUUAAAUACUAAAAAUACAAACUUGCCAUGGUAACAGGUAUAAACUGAGGAGUUAAAAUAGCCAGUGACUUAGAAGCUGGUGACCUUUUAAUAAAAAUUUCCAGUAUGAGAACAGCUAUUUUCUUGCUUCCAAAGCCUCUAAAUGCUGCAUAAAUCCAAAUGUGGAUGUCUUCAAUAUUUCAUGGAUAUCCCAUUGAAAACGGACCCUUGUGAUCCCCUUACGUAGCCUGACCUGGCGUACAGGCCAGGAGGAAUAAUUGUAAGAACUAUAUGUAUUAAUUAGAAAUCAUCUUAAGGGUUGAAAAGAUACAAUUCUGACUUAUAAAUCUUUUUGAAAACUAUUCCAUUAAGUUUUGGAUUAUUUAUAAAUUUUCCUUGUUUUCUGAGACAAAUUUCCUCUGUUUCCAACCAAAGGCAGAUAAUGAUGUAUCUUUCUUUUACUCAGUUUUGGUUUAGCUUUGUCAUGUAUGAAGGCCCCACUAUGUCAUGUUGAGUCAUUUUUUAUUCUGCAGCUGAAAUUUGGCCUUUAGUAAGUAGAGUGAUGAAGAGCUAUAUUUCAUACACUUUUUUUGAUAUAGGGUCUGAAAAAGUAACGUAUCUGCAGAUAAGCCGCCACAGUGGAACAAAGGCAGAUGUCAUUCACUUGGUGCAAACCAUAAGCUGAUCCUGUCAGUUUUGUGGAAGAAAAGCUGCUGAGAAGAGGUUUUAUCAGAGCCCAGUAAAGUAAGUAGAACUGCUUUACUGGCUAGGGCCGAGUGUUAAACAUGAGUCCUAAAAUAACGGAAAACUUUGUUUUCUGGUCUGGGUAGAUCUGUGAUAAAAAAAAGUCAAGUAUCUUGUUCCACUCCUACAAAGAGCCAUACUUUUAUCAUGUAAACUCUAAUAAUACUAGUGAUAAUAAGGUUAACCUGUUUAAACACUGAUCAUCUGUAAAUUAAGUUAGGCUGUUGUGCAAACAUUAGUGAGUCCACAAUUUUAUGUAUACAGUCUGCAAAUGUAGGACUAUUUUUUUUCUUAUCAGAGCUGUCGGCUGUAAAAAUGACCAACAUUGAUGCCUUCUGUUGCUGCUGUUUAUCAUAGUAACAACACAAUUAACUGCCUUUGUUUAGCUAGUUUAUUUAAAGAAGCUGAAGCAAAUGCUUGCUAUUUUGUAUUAAGCAACAUGCACAAAGAUGAGAGGUUAGAUUGAGAGGUUGGCGGUCAUAUUCAAAAUCAAAGUAACUGCAAUUUGUUUAGGCUCUACAGGCUACAUGAAUAUUUCUGUUCCCAAAUCACACAAACUUCAUCUUGAAGUUCAAUUUCAGUGAAAUUUCCUCUUUAGUUCAAAGUGGUGCCAUCAGUCUUCUGGGGAUUUGUAAGACUUGGUGCUUUGUUACACACAAGGAGUGGGAAAAGAGGAGAAUAGCUAUCACUUUGCUCUGUGGUGUGAUAAAAUUGUUUUUAUUCAGAAGUGAAUAUAAGCUGGUUUUGUACAGUAGAACAUAGUGUAGGUUACACACACCUAAGACAUUCUUACAAAAGGUAGUUAGUAUUUGCUUACACGUAACUACAGACAUCACUUCAGGGCUGAAUUUUCUUGUACCUGAGCUAAAAUGAAAUCUAUAGGGCUAUUUAUACAGUCUGAGGAUUCAGUGUUGUUGGCCAGCUUUGCUAGGCUUCUACUAUUGGGGGAAAAAAGAUAAGCUUAUCUGGAGAAACUCUUCCCUCUUUCUGUGCUGAAAACAGCCUUUGUCUACAAGCUGUGUACUGGACUUCAUAUGCCAUACUUGUGUAUGUACUGUACUUUUUGUACAUGUGUACUUGUGUAUGUAUUGUACUUUUUUUUUUCAGUUAUAGAUGGAUGGCUGUAUUGCAAGUGGAAACGUACUUGACUGACAAAAGUACACUGAGCAUAGGAAAGCAGAAAACUGCAGGUUAGAAUAUUUAUACUAAAUCCAGUGUUAGAAAUAUCCACAUCCCUAUUAAAUGUUUGUAUAAAGCAGCCCCUAUAUUCCUUAAUGCGUUGACUUCAGGAAGCCUUUACGCAUAAAUAUUUUUUCCAACUUUUUGGAAAAUAUAAACCAAUGGUUUCAUGAUUGCUCAUUGAUUUAACAUUAUAAAAUAUCGUGAUGAAGCUACCAAGAUGAGGUUUCUUGGUGCUGUAAACCGUUGGUUAACAGGAUUGCAAUGCUUAAUCCCACCUCUAGUUGCUGUCUCCCUCAUUAGGCAGAUGCCUCCUUACUAAGGGAAAAUCUUGUAUGUGAUCUUUAUUCUCAUUAUAUCAUGAGUGCAUGUCAGUCCGUCUAAUACAUGAUUAUAGAUGUGUUAUUGGAAGUUUUAUUAUCUAGUAUAAUGCAACAUCCAUAA